AUGAUGUCUUAUGGAGAGAGAUUGGGGGGUCCGGCUGUCUCCUCAGUCCCGGUCUGCGGGGGACACAUGAUGCAUGGGACAGCCUUUGCCUAUGUCCCCAGCCCCCAGGUCCUGCACAGGAUCCCAGGCACCUCAGCCUAUGGCUUCCCCAGCCUGGGCCCCGUGGCCCUCACUGAGCACGGCUGUCCCUUUGGGGAGGUUCUGGAACUCCACGACCCAAUGCCAGUUAAGCUGGCCUUGGAUGAUGGGAAACAGCCAGAGUCUGGGUGGCCCCAGAAGCUGCGCCGGAUUGGGGUGAACAUCCUCAAGGUCCCCCUGAUGCUCACAUUCCUGUACCUCUUCGUCUGCUCCUUGGAUGUGCUCAGCUCUGCCUUCCAGCUGGCCGGAGGAAAGGUGGCCGGUGACAUUUUUAAGGACAACGCCAUUCUGUCGAACCCGGUGGCUGGGCUGGUGGUGGGCAUCCUGGUGACUGUGUUGGUCCAGAGUUCCAGCACUUCGACAUCCAUCAUCGUCAGCAUGGUCUCCUCUGGCUUGCUGGAAGUGAGCUCCGCCAUCCCCAUCAUCAUGGGCUCCAACAUCGGCACCUCUGUCACCAACACCAUCGUGGCACUGAUGCAGGCGGGCGACAGGACAGAGUUCCGGCGGGCCUUCGCGGGGGCCACGGUGCACGACUGCUUCAACUGGCUGUCGGUCCUCGUCCUACUGCCCCUGGAGGCUGUUACCGGUUACCUGCACCACGUCACCGGCCUUGUGGUGGCCUCCUUUAAUAUCCGCGGCGGUCAGGACGCCCCCGAUCUGCUCAAGAUCAUCACGGAGCCCUUCACGAAGCUCAUCAUCCAGCUGGACAAAUCCGUGAUCACCAGCAUCGCCAUCGGGGAUGAGUCCCUGCGGAACCACAGUCUCAUCAGGAUCUGGUGCUCUUCGGACACCGCAGAGGCUCCCAGGUCCUCGGCCAACUCCAGCCGGACUCUGGGAAACGCUAGCUUGGAGAAAUGUCACCACAUGUUCGUGGAUACGGGGCUGCCCGACUUGGCCGUGGGGUUGAUCCUGCUGGCCGGCUCCCUGGUGGUGCUCUGCACGUGUCUCAUUCUUCUGGUCAAGAUGCUUAAUUCCCUGCUCAAAGGCCAGGUAGCCAAGGUCAUCCAGAAGGUCAUCAACACCGACUUCCCUGCCCCCUUCACUUGGGUCACCGGCUAUUUUGCCAUGGUGGUGGGUGCUGGCACGACCUUUGUGGUGCAGAGCAGCUCAGUGUUCACCUCGGCCAUCACCCCGCUCAUUGGCCUGGGCGUGAUCAGCAUCGAGCGAGCCUACCCGCUCACCCUGGGCUCCAACAUUGGAACCACCACCACUGCCAUCCUGGCCGCCCUAGCCAGCCCCAGGGAGAAGCUGUCCAGCGCCUUCCAGAUCGCCCUGUGCCACUUCUUCUUCAACAUCUCGGGCAUCCUGCUGUGGUACCCGGUGCCCUGCACGCGCCUGCCCAUCCGCAUGGCCAAAGCGCUGGGCAAGCGCACCUCCAAGUACCGCUGGUUCGCUGUCCUCUACCUCCUCCUCUGCUUCCUGCUGCUGCCCUCGCUGGUUUUCGGCAUCUCCAUGGCCGGCUGGCAGGCCAUGGUAGGGGUGGGCGCUCCCUUCGGGGCCCUGCUGGCCUUCGUGGCCCUGGUCAGCGUCCUGCAGAGCCGCGACCCAGGGCGCCUGCCCAAGUGGCUGCAGACGUGGGACUUCCUGCCCGGCUGGAUGCAUUCCCUGAAGCCCCUGGACCGCCUCAUCACCCGCGCCACCCUGUGCUGCGCCCGGCCCGAGCCCCGCUCCCCGCCGCUCCCCGCCAGGGUCUUCCUGGAGGACCGACCCCCGGCCACCCCCUCUCCGCGCCUGGCGCUGGCGGCUCGGCACAAUGCCACGCGCCUCUAG